AUGUCUGAGGUGGGAAAAGAGCUCAAACCUGCGCCAGUGGGAACAUGUUGUGCCAAACUGUUGCCAGGCGAGGUACCCUACGGUCCGAGAGAAUACAUCUACAACCUGCUGCCCCAACCACCCUGCCAACUGAAUCCGCAGAAGAAACUCCCCCGAAUUCGACGCAAACCGCCACCCUUGCCGGAUGCAGUACCCACAGCACCCAUGAAGACCAUGGGGCCGCCCUCCCAUCCCCAUCUCAAGUUCCCUAAACCACCAAACAAGUUUCCCUUUCAGCAUAAACACUGGCGAACUCCUUUCAUUGAGAAGAACUGCAUGCAGGAGAAGAAGUUGAAGGCCGAACACCCCACGGGACGCAUCAAGGACGCCUGCUGUGCGGGCACAAAACCCCCUGUUCCUACGACGCAGGGCCUCGGUGACGAGUACAACGCUGACGGCAUCCCCGCCAGGUGUCUCAAGACCAAACAGGAUAUCAACCGGACGAACUGGAUCGAACGCAACGCUAUUCGAGCCAUCACCAGCAAACCGGGAUAUCGUGCAGAGCACCCGGAACAUCGCGUGCAGGUAUACACACGACACGGCGAUAAAAUGUAUCUGGACAGCAACAAGACACAUUCGGGUCUGGAGAAGCGUUUUGUCUAUAAGCCGGCUUAUGGAAAGGUGCCCAAUUACAUCAAAAUCCGCGCAAAGGCCAUUAAGGAGACGCGUGAACUGUACUCACAUUACCUGAAUGAGAAAUCACUUCAGGGCACGGAUUACCUGUUGACGGAGGAGGAGCGGAAGGAUCUGCUGUUUGGUCUAAAGGCAGCCUGGGAUCGAUACAACGCCUCCUAUCUGCGUCUUUCCUCCAGCAGUACAACCCUGAAAAGCAAGGCCUACAAGGUUUACCUGGAACAACAGUUGGAUGGUUUGGAAAAGGAUAUCCAACUGGUCCAAUCACACCCCUACAUUUUCGUCGAGGCAGACAAGGAACCGGGUAUUGGAAAUAGGACCACCAAGGAAUUGCACGCCUAG